AUGCGUCAAUUCCAGCAGGUCUCCAUUUCUAAAUGGGAAGACCCGUACGGUAACUCUGCACCAAACACUGUGCAGAACAUUUAUGGCACCCCAAGUCCACCACCACAACCACAGGGCUAUUACGCCACAGCAAACAUACCGCAGCCGCACAGCUAUUAUGCCGCACAAAGUGCACCACCACCGCCGAUACUUCUUCGCCGUGUAGUGCCACCACCCCCUACAUUGUCUUAUUCGAUUGGUAGCCAAGGGGCAGGUGAGGACAACAAGAAUAACAAUGAUCAGCAGAAUCAAUUGACAACUAUUGAUGUAGGAGAUUCCCCAGCUACGCCACUGGAACAACCUCCAGCGGCAUCGAAUGCUACUAUACAGGCAAACACCGAGGGGACUGCCCCUGAAAAUAUAUCAGCCCAGGCACCUGUUCUUCAAGGUAGUGAGAGUGAUGAUGUGACAGGAAAGAUUGUAGCUAAAUGUGUCAAAGAUGAACCUCCAGGACCACCGCCACCUCCACCAGCACCAAUAGCUAUUGCCCCUGUCCCAGUUCAACGAAGCCCACCAGCGCCAGCGCCUGCACCAGCACCCCCCGUGCAAUAUGCAAGUCCUCCACCAGCACCCGCACCCCCCGUGCAAUAUGCAAGUCCUCCACCAGCACCAGCACCCGUGGUCCCAUCACCUCCGGCAUCAGUUGUAGGGAGUGAGAAGAGUGGUGAGUCCGAGCAGGCCGCUCAAGAGCCCCCCAAAUCCCCAACAACCAAGUUUGUUCAUUUUACCUCUGACACAAAAGACCCAGACGCCGCAGAAGAUGGUAAGAAGAAGAAGCCAAUUGGGUUUACUAGAGUUAAAGCUACCGCAUUCGUUCGUUUGAAGAAAUCAUCGACGACUCCUUCUGCACCCCCUCCAAAAGAGGAAAAGAGGAAAAUCAUUUCUCCAGAAGGCUUUAUUAGAAGACGGAGAAGGAGCUCGCUCUUCUCGUCCUCGUCUUCCGAGAAGCUUAAGCCCAGCAAGGAAGAGAGAUCCAGAAGCAAGAGAGGCAAUGAUCCUAGUCCGCCUUCGAGUGAUGCUGGGACAAGCUAUGUACCAUCUGCUCCUUCAUCUGUUAUUUCUGAGAGCGUCAUUGUCGAGGAGACAGCGGCAGAUGUCGCGCGAUCGAUUGUCAGCGAACCUGUCCCAGUACCACUACCUCCUCCACCACCUCCUCAACCGAUAGAAGAAGCCCCUGCUCCUGUAGCAACACCGCCCGCCGCAGAAGAGCCUGUCAUCGAAAACGAACCAGCACCGGCAGCACCUCCUGCAGAAGCUCAAGAAUCCUCACCUGAGGAGCCACCACAACCGGACGAACCCGUUGCUGCUGCCUCUGAUGCUAGCGGUUCUGCGCCUCUUCCUGAAGCCCCAGAACUAGUGUCGGUCGAGUUUGUCGUCGCUGAAGUUGUUCCAUCACUAGCCGGGUCAACGGUUGAAGCUGCUGAUCAGGACGAAAAUCAGGUGCCAGAACCAUCAACAGAAGUCAAUGAAUCGACCAGUGAAGAAGAUCAGGUAGCUAAUGAGCCCGCUUCUGAGCCGGCACCGGAGCCAGCGCCGGAACCAACACCGGAACCGGUGCUCGAGCCAGCACCGGAGCUAGUGGAAGAGCCCGCAGCAGCAGAGCCAGCCCCAGAACCAGCUGCAGAGCCAGCCCCAGAGCCAGUCGCAGAGCCAGCCCCAGAACCAGCUGCAGAGCCAGCCCCAGUCGCAGAGCCAGACCAAACUCCUGCGGUCGAGACUGCUGCUACUGAGCCUGAAGCUGAGAUCGCUGUCGAGGUACCAUCUGAACCACAAGAGGCCGAGGCCGAAGAGGCAAAGCCCGCUGGGGACGCUACCGCUGCCCCCGCUGCUGAAGCCCCCGCUGAUGACGCUCCUGCCACCAAGGAACCUUCUGCUGCUGCUGCUGCUGCUACUGACGAAGCUCCCACUGUUGAAGCUACUGCUAGCGAGGAGAUUCUAGCUGCUGAAGAGGCCCCAGCUGUCGAGGAGGCCCCCGCAGUUGAAGCACCUCCUGCUGAGGAGACUCCAGCCGCUGAAGAGGUCCCCGCUGUCGAGGAAGUCCCCUCUGUCGAGACAGUUCCUGCCGCCGAAGUCACCGCUGUCGAGACAGUUCCAGCUGCCGAAGCCCCUACUACUGAGGAGACCCCAGCCACUGAAGAGGCCCCUGUUGAAGUAGCUCCUGCUGCUGAGGAAGCUCUUGUCGAAGAGACACCUGCUAUUGAAGAAGCCCCAGCUGCCAAAGAAGCUCUUGUUGAAGAAGUUUUCGCUGUUGAACCACCUUCUGUUGAAGCUCCCGUUAUCGAAGAAGCCUCCGUUAUUGAGGAGACCCCAGCCACUGAAGAGGCCUCUGUUGCUAAAGAAGCACCUAUCAUUGAAGAAGUUCCUAUGGAUGAGGUUCCAGCAGCUGAAGUAGCUCCCGUUACUGAAGAUACUUCAGCUACCGAAGUUGUAGCCACCAAAGAAGACACCGCUACUGAAGAAACCCCCGUCAUUGAAGAAGUUCCUAUCCCUGAGGAAAUUUCAACCACCAAAGAAACCCCUGUUACUGCAAAGGUUGCCACUGUUGAAGAUGUCUCUGAUGACGAAGAAACUCCUAUUACUGAGAAGACUCCAGCCGCUGAAGAGGUUCCCAUCGAUGAAGCUCCAGUUGCAGAAGUCCCUGCCACUGAAGAGACUCCUGCUGUUGAAGAAGCGCAUGCUACGGAAGAUGCGCCAACUACUGAAGCCCCUGUUGUUCAGGAGACUCCAGCCGAGGACACUCCUACUACUGAAGAAGUUCCUCCUGCAGAAGAAACCUUAGCUACGGAGGGUAGUCCAGCCAUUAAAGAGACUCCUAUGCCUGGGGAAUUUCCUGAGGAGGACCCCGCAACUGAAGAAGUUUGUUCUACUGAGGACAUUUCGGUUACGGAAGAUGUUCCUGCUACCGAAAAGGCUGCUAUCCCUGAGGAAGCUCCUGUCAUUGAGGAAGCUCUCGCUACUAAAGAGGCUUCGGCAGUAGAGGAGAGAGGUCCUUCAACUGUGAUUGAGGAAGCACCCGCCAAAGAAGCCUCCCCCAUUACUGAAGAGGCUUGGACUAUUGAAGAAGCCAAGGAAAUCCCUGCCACCGAAGCUUCCGCCACGACAGAAGAAGAAAAGACGAGUGUCGCGGAUGCUAAGGUAGAAAGCGGAAGUGAAGCUGCACCUGUAGCCCAGUGGUCAAGCGAGGAAAAUGAAGCGGAAGUGAAGUUGCGGUCUGGAGAGGCGAGCACGGAUGCAGUAGCUGAAUCUCAACUUUCCGAAUCUCGCGCUCCUCAAGACAUUGUCGAUACGUCCUCGCCUGAUGAUGCCCCGACCGUCGAAGAUACAAGCGACGACGCUGACGCCCACGAUACCAUAGCUGCAGCAGCAGCAGCAGAAGAAGAAGAAGAUGAUGACUCUAUACCUGUUGAGGAAAGUUCAGACGACGAUGAUGCAUCUGUGGAUGACUGGAUUGCUGAUGGAGAUGGCGGUGACUGGAUUGCCGAUGGCGAUUCAGAUGAUGAGGACUCUGAGCAAGAAAUGUCCGACUGGGAACAGGAUGACGACUCGUCACAAUGUGAUGCGAUCGAGACGGAUGCAUCUGAACAUCACGAUGGCGAUGGUCCGAGUACUGGGAGGAGCUCGAUCGAGCCGAAGGGUGAAGACAGGGAUAAUUUAGAAUCACAGCAGCCGGCGGGGAGUGUGGAGGUGGUUGCAUUCGAGGAAGACAGCACGGGUUGCACGGGCGAGGCAGAAGGCAAGAGGGCCAUGGGCGAGCAGGGCGAUGGCAAAGGCGUCGAGGCAGAAGCAACACCAGAAUGCAGUCCGGGCGGUGAUGCUGUGGGCGCACUAGAGGUUACACCUGUUCUGGACCCUGGUGUCGGUGAGGGAACAUGGGCACAAAGCAAUAUGCCUCGCGAGGCCAGCGAAGCGGGCGUGGAGUCGGGGAGGCCCGAUGACGUGGGAGAGGCGAGGUUGAGGGAGACGAUAGUCGACACCGCGGCCAAUCUACCCACAGUCAACGACACACCGGACGAGUCAUGCGCAAUCACCCCGGCUCACGCUACUAGUGAAGUGAGCCCAAAUUCGGCCUCAGAAGAGGCUGGCGUACAAGCACAAAGUGAUCAACACGCUAUCCAAGACGACCUCCCUGACGACUCUCCUGACGAGCCACACGUUGCUGACUCCUCUCCGCAACACGCCAACCAAGAUGUUGUAGCAGCAGAUUCAGGAGUAGCAGAAAGCGAAACUAGCCCUGCUCCAGAUUUACCAGCCACUGAGGUAUCCGAAGCGAUUGCUACUAGCCAAGUUUCUCUAGAGGUGUCUGAUCCCCCCGAAGUGGACAUGAAGGCCAACGCAGUCCCAGCAGUCCCAGCACACCAAGAGAAGAUAGCAGAAGAGCCAGAGUCCGACUCGGGAAGCGAACCUGAGUCUGAAGAUGACGAUUGGUCUGGCUCUGAAGUUUCAUCUGCCCCUGCCGAUGAUGUCUCGCAGGUUGAUGAUGACGACACGCCCAGCUCUGAACCUGUACAGGACGUGAACGACAAUGUCAAAGAUGCCGCCCUGGAGCAAAAGGCUCCUGUAACGGCUGACAAGUCCGAUGCACCAUUAGAGGACCAAGCCAAGGAUAACGUCGACGAUGGUCCCGAAGGUUCAGGCUCCGAGGUAUCAGCAACAGCCGAACCCGAAGAAGGCGAAUCUGGAAUCGUGGAAGACGUGAGCCAAUCUGGAAUCGAAGAAGACGGUUCGACUUGUGAGCCACCCCCAGAGCCUUUGCCAACUGAGGACUCCAAUCCGCAAGGUUCUGAAGCUGGCUCAGAAAGUGUUUCCAAGAGCGCUGCGGAUGGUCCUGCUGAAGGAGACUCCAUUGUAUCUUCAGAGGGCUCCGAAGGCGACGAGGAAGAGCCUGCUACAGAAGAGCCCGCUGCGGAUGCAACAGUACCCGAACCACAAGGCGUGCCUGAGCCGAAAGAUGUGCCUGAGCCAACGGAAGAUGACGCCGAAGAUGAUGCUGAAGAAGAUGCUGAAGAAGAUGCUGAAGACGCCGAAGACGACGACUGGGAUGGCUCCUCUGCAGCGAGUGAGUCUGGAAGUGAGGCUGAAGCUGACGAAGCCGAGGAGCAACCGGAGGCUGCGACUGAAGCGCCCGAAGACGAAACUACCUCAGCUGUAGAUGCAGAGCCAGAAGCUGAUACCGCUGCAUCCGAAGCGGACGUCCAGUUGAUCGAGCCGGCUGCAUCUGAAGCGGAGGUCCAAUUGAUCGAGCCGGCUGCGGACGCAGAAUCUCAAGCAUCUGGCCCGGAAGUAAGCUCUACAAGUGUUGCAGAGCUGGAAGAGGCUCAGGAACCCAACACUCCUGCACCAGUUCCUGAAGAGGCUCCGGCAGAGGAUACAACUCCUGAUGCUGACAAGGAGGUUCUCCAGGAGCAAGUGGAGGAUAGCCUGGCCGAGGAUAGCUUUGUGGAGAGCGAAGAUGCUGAUCCAGCCCCGGCUGCUGCACCAGAUGUGGAGCCUGUACCACCAACUGAAAUCGGCACAGCAGAGCCGCCUUCGGACGGGUCAGAUAUUGCAUCGGGAGAGAGUGAAGUGUCGGUAGAAGAGGAUGGAGAAGUAGAGGAAGCGCCCGCAGACGACAGCCCAACCACGGAAGAUGCUGCCGCGGCGGAAGACCAACCUUCGGAGGUACUGUCUGAUCUGGUUGAGUCAGUCGUAGAAGAGAGUGUUGCUGAGGAACAAGCACCUCCUGCUGAAGAUGCUGCUCCAGAGCCAGAUGCUGAACCAAUCGCCGAAUCAGUUGCUGAAUCAGUCGUUGAGUCGGUCGCUGAGCCAGCUGAUGAGUCGGUCGCUGAGCCAGUCGAUGAGCCAGUCGAUGAGCCAAUCGAUGAGCCAGUUGAUGAGUCGGUCGCUGAGCCAGUUGCUGAGCCAGUUGCUGAGCCAGUUGCUGAGCCAGUUGCUGAGUCAAUCGCUGAAUCAGUAGCUGAAUCAGUAGCUGAACCAAUCGCUGAACCAGUCGCAAUUCCAGCAAAAGCUGAGCCUGAAGAAGAGUCUCUCCCAGUGUCCGAGGGAGAGGAAGAAGAAUCACAGUCAGAGGCUGCAACCGAGUCUGUACUUGCAGAGGACCCUGUUCCAUCAGAGGAGCCAGAAGCUGCACCGGCACCCGAGCCAGAAGCUGAGGAACCCGCGCCUGUUGAACCAGAAGCAGAGCUAGAGCCAGAGCCAGAGCCAGAACCAGUACUAGAAGCGGUGUCAGCAGCUGAGCCAGACCCUGUGCCAGCACCAGAGGAUGAGCCAGACCCUGCGCCUGAGCCACCAACAGAGCCAGAACCCGAGCCACCUGUGGAGCCUGAGCCUGAGCCACCUGUGGAACCCGCACCUGAACCGCCAGCGGAGCCCGCAUCAGAGCCACCAGCGGAUCCUGAGCCAGAACCACCAGUGGAUCCCGAGCCUGAGCCCCCAGUAGAACCUGAACCUGAACCUCCAGUGGAGGUUGUACUAGAGCCACCAAUGGAACCAGAACCAGAACCACCAGUGGAGCCUGAGCCUGAACCUCCGGUGGAGCCAGCACCCGAGCCGCCCGCAGAGUCCGAACCAGAGCCUGAAUCACAUAUUGGCACGGCGGUAUUGGCAGGGGGGGCAGCAUUGCUAGGGGGGGUAGCAUUGGUAGGGGGGUCAGCCAAUAGAGGAACCAAGGAGGAUGUUGCCCCUGUAGACAGGUCCUUCGACUUCAGACAAAGUCCAACUCGACCACCUCCACCUAUUCCCGUCGAUGAGCACAGAGAGCGCGACAUCGCAAUUGACGAUGACCUUUCAGGGGAGCCUCCUGUCCGUGAGAAGACCCGUCGGAGGCACUCGCAUGCUCAUCGUGACGGCUACCAUUACUCGAGUCGUAGGCGUGACAGUGAUGCUAGUUACAGGGAGCGCCCGAUCAUGGCUGUACCAGACCCUUCCAGCAUGCCAAAGACGAAGCGUCGCGACAGCAUGAACGAACGCGAAGCUGAACGGAGAAGAGAAAGAUUACGUGAGGCUGAGAAAACCGGCAGCAGUAGCGAUAGAGAGAAAGCCUAUCCGGAGUAUCGGCCCCACCGCCGCGAUAGUAGGAGCGACGAGAGACACCCUAAGCGUCGCCCCGUUGAGGAGAAGGAAGAUGAAGCAGAGAAACUAAGGCGACGUGAAGCUCGGAGGGCUGAAAAAGAGCGACUUGCUGCUGCGGAUGCUGCUCGGCUCAAAGCUGAAGAAGAAGCUAGAAAACUGGAACAUCGUGAACGACGCCGUGCAGCAAAGCGAGCAGAGGAGGAAUACAACAGAGCCCAGGAGGAACGCCGAAGGCUUAAGGAAGAGAAGAGACAGGCUAUUGAAGAUGAGGAACGACGAAUUCGACACGAAAAAAGGCGACAGCGGCAUGAGGCUGAGAAAGAAGCGAAGCGUUUGGAGCUGGAGAAAUUGGAACAGGCUGCACGUGAUGAGGAAGAGGCCAAGAGAAUUCGACGACAAAAGAGGGCGGAGCGGGAGGCAGCUAAACUAGCAGCGGCGCUUCAAGAGGAUCUCAUCGAGCCACCUCGCGAUACUGCUCGACGUGCUGCAGAGGACUAUGACGAGCCACUGCCACCCCCUCCUCUACCGCCCGUCGUUGACGAGACGCCACGUAGUGCACCACGAAGACGACUGAGCAUCCGAGACACUCCGCCGGGCGGAAAGCGUGGCGGUAUUUUUGGCGGCAUUUUUGGUCGUUCGAAGACGGAAGCUGCUCCACCUGUGCUAAAACCCACCCGGUCAACCCGCGCGCGCGCAAACACACUAGACGGUCCCAUCAAAGCUCCAAGGAGAGAAUUCGAACCGGAGAGUUCUCCAAGCAGGGAUAUCUCAUCCAACAAUGAGAGCCGAGACCGAGGCGAACGCGUACAUCGUAAUCGACGUUAUUCACACCAGCGCCGUCAAUUCGGAUCACCUGAAGAAGAGGCCGAAUACUACAGGUGGAAAGAAGAGCGGCGUUACAUGCGCCGUCCAGAACAUGAAAUGUCUGGUGGUAGGGAGUUUGGAGUUACUUUUGCAUCGCCAAUCGAUGACCUUCCCCCGCCCCCGCCUAAACCUUUUGAAUACGAUGUCGACGAUGAGGCAAUCGAUGAUGCGGAAUCACCUAUCAUUGAGGACGCAGCCGCAGUGGUUGGUGUAGCCUCUUACUCGGAUGAGGAACGACGCGAACGUCGACGCAGUCGGCGCAUGUCCAAGCCGGAGGAACGUCCCAAGGCACGCCGCAUCUCCGUCACUGAGAAGGAGCGACCUUCUGGUCGUCGCCCCGAGGCUGACCGGCCACGAACUCGGGACCGCGGAGAUGACCGCCCACGUGUAAAGAGAGGCGAGAACGAGCGCCGUGAUAGAAGAAAGAAGGAAGAGUCGAGUGGUCUCAAGGGACUGUUUGGAGGACUCAAGAAGAGAAUUGCUUAGUUCUCAUUGAUGAGACUGAGACGAUAACGAUGACACACUGACAAAGAAGACAAGAAUCAUUCCUCUACGAAACUGGGACAAAGGCGUUAAUUGGCGAGGGGAGUUUACAGCAUCUUGCUUCUCUUGUACCGACCGAAAAGGAAUAACCAUUUACAUCAGGUGUUUUCUGUGUUUUUUUUGUUUCCCGCAGGAGUCUAGGACAGAUGUUUGACGUCCGGUGUAAGAGGAAGGCGGAACAUAUGUAAUAGUACUUUGUACCCGUUUCCUUCUUUAUUUUUCUAUACUUUUCUCUUCAUUUUCAUUUUCUUUUCUUCGUUUAUAUUUAGAUCACCAGAGAUGACUCGCAAGAGGACACAACAUACAGUAUAACUUUGUAUUUAACGUUGGAGACGAUGGAGACGAAGAGAUAUUCAUGAUAAGAAUGCCAACUUAUGUCGAUUAU